CCGUCCGUCGGCCCAGCUAUAUAAGGCUAGGCGCAGGGGAGCAAGGGGGAGGAAGGGUUUUGGAAUUAGGCCGCCGUUGUUGUUGCGUCUCUCAGAGAACCGAAGUGAAGCACAGCCGGAAGCCGAAACCGAAGCUAGCCCACCCCCGCCACAGCACCGCUCCGCCGCGCCGCUGAGUCGGUCUCCCGGUUUGGAAGGGGAGUAGGAGGAGGAGGAGGGAUCCAGGCGGCGGCGGCGAGGAUGAGCGGCGGCGGCGCGGGAGGAGGAGGGAAGGGGGCGGCGGCCGCGGGGCCCGUCCCGCAGGCGUCGAGGAAGCUGGUGCAGGGCCUCAAGGAGAUCGUGAACCGCCCGGACGCCGAGAUCUACGCGGCGCUGCGCGAGUGCGGCAUGGACCCCGACGAGGCCGUCAGCCGCCUCCUCUCCCAAGAUACCUUUCAAGAGGUAAAGAGCAAGCGUGAUAAGAAAAAAGAGGUUAAAGAGACUCCAGAGCCAAGGUCUCGAGCGGCAAAUAAUGCUACCAAUCGAGGUGUUAGAGGUGCCCCAGAUCGAGGUGGACGAAACAGUUUUGCACACACUAGCUCCACUGAUAAUGCGACCGCAAGGUCAUCAGUCUCUGGGCCGGGUAUGCUAUCUACCAAUUCCAUUCAGAAGCAAACGGUUCCAAGUUCCUCUGUGAACAAAACUAUGGUUGCUGAUGGACCAUCUACACAACCACAACCAUCAUCUGGGUUUCAGCACGGUUGGUCUGGGACACCAGGUCAGUUGUCAAUGGCUGAUAUUGUGAAAAUGGGCAGGCCACCACAGACUCAGGGGAAGCCAUCCACCAAGACUGUGGUCACAGCGGACAAAGGAUAUGCUGGACAAUAUCCUUCGUUGCCCAGCACUGUAAACCAGAAUUUAAAACAAUCUGCAAGCUCAGUUCCACCUACAGAGCUUGACCAGGGGCUACCUUCUGCACAAGAUGUUGUCCUUGUUAAGGAUCACAGUCACCCAGCUGCUGACAACAAGCCGAAAUAUGAUAAUGAUUGGUCUCCACAGGAUGAUCCAGUAUCAGGAAAUCAAUCAUCCCUCCCUGAGACAUCCGGUGACCCAUCAUUUUACGAGGCGGCAUUACAUCCAUCUACGCUGGUUGCUGAUGAGGUUUACUCACAUGAAAAUUCUUAUUUAGAUGGGAACAUCUCAGCUUCACUGAGAUCAGUAAAUGCUUCUGAGAGACACUUGGACCAUUACGGAGGGAAUUCUGAAUAUAAUGACGGAUCAUUGCAGAACUCAAAUACAUAUCUGCCCCAGAAGCAUUCUCGCAUACAGGAUGAUGUUGAGGAGGAGCCCAAUGCUGACUUGCCAUCAUCAGCAAAUUUUCAGGGUCUGAGCCUACAUGACGAAGAGACCUCUACAACAAAGUUUGCUGAAGAUAACCCAGCAGUUAUAAUUCCUGAUCAUCUUCAAGUAGCAAACACAGGUUGUGCUGGAUUGAGCUUUGGCAGUUUCGAAUCCGGUGCAUUUUCUGGGCUCCUUCCAUCAAAGAGCAUUGACAACAAUGUGGAGUUGCCUGUUGAGGAGGAAUCUGAACCUGUAGAUCAAAUAGAUACAAGGGAUCAAGAUUACUAUGACAGUGCUGCAGUGAAUUUGUCAACAAAUGAGAACCUUGACAACAUUAUUGGAGCUAACACGGAGAAUCUUGAUGUACCUUCUGUUCCACAGCCUGAUGUCCCGAGACAGGAAAUACUUGAUGAUCCUUCUGGUGUUCAAUAUAAUCUGCCAUCAGUUUCAAGUCAUGCAUAUUCUAACCCGGCACAGCCAAAUGCAAUGGAGGCCAUGCAAGGAAAUAACCAAGCACACUCUUUUAACCAUCUGACGAGCUUGCUGCAAACAAAUACAUUGCACAGCAAUCUGUUGGGGUCAAAUAUGUCACCUCUUCGGGACUUGGACUUCAGCUUAUCACCUUUGCUGGCAGCACAAUCAAUGGGUACAAGAUAUAACUCAGCCGCACCAACAACUACUGGGCAAGCCAUCUCCAUGCAGGAGCCUCUGAAAUCAGGAGUUUUCUCGAACAAUCAAUCUACGCAAAAUCUUCCAAGUACCAGUAUUCAGACGGGCCCUCCUCUCCCUCAGCAAUUAACUGUCCAUCCUUACUCUCAGCCAACUCUACCUAUCGCACCUUUUACAAAUAUGAUGGGCUACCCGUAUCUGGCGCAAAACUACCCUGCUUACCUACCAUCAGCCUUCCAGCAAGCAUACUCAAGUAAUGGGCAGUUCCAUCAGUCUGCCGCUGCUGUACCUGGAGCUGGCAUGAAGUACGCGAUGCCACAAUACAAGGGCAACUUGUCAGCUACAAACUUACAACAACAGCAACCUUCGUCGGUUUUAGGCUAUGGAGGCUUUGGAAGCUCAAGUAAUCUUCCAGCAAAUUUCAACCUUAAUCAGAAUGCUACCUCUGCAUCAACAAAUGCUGGGUUUGAUGAAGCAUUGGGUGCUCAAUACAAAGAUGCCAAUCAAUAUAUGGCCGCUCUCCAGCAGCAGGGUGACAACUCUGCGAUGUGGCUCCAUGGGGCUGGUUCAAGAACGGCGGCAGCGCUGCCUCCUACCCAAUUCUAUGGCUACCAGGGGCAGAGCCAGCAGGGUGCCUUACGCCAGGCACAGCAGCAGCCGCAGCAGCCCUCUCAGUUUGGAGGUCAUGGCUACCCGGCAUUCUACCAUUCUCAAAGCGGCAUGACGCAGGAGCACCACCCGCAGAACCCGUCGGAGGCAAGCCUGAACGGCUACCAGGCAGCGCCGUCGCAGCAAUCUCACCAGAGCUGGCAGCAGCACACCAACUACUGAGCCCUGGAGUCCCUGCACCCUUGUUAUGGUGCUGGUCCGCUGUGGCGGGCCAAGUCCCGACUCGCCUGCGGAGAGUAGGCAGCUUGGAGUAGCUGAGCUUGUUGCUCGAGCGCCGAGGAGUGUCCAUGCCUCGGGCAGAGCGUUUUAACAUGUUGCGUGUGUUGUCCGGACUGAUGAAGGGUUGUGCUUUGUUUCGGUUGCGUUGCGAGUUAUAUGUGCGGAGCAACAGUCUUGUAACUCUUUGAGGACCUAGUUACCUAACAGGUGCACAUUUCUGAUUUUCUGAAUACCGUCUUACUUCAUCAGUU